AUGCCAAAACUUAAAAGAAAAAUUAAAUUAUGUAAAGAACUUGCAGCUGCUAAGAAAAUCAAAACAUCAAAUAAAAAUAAUUUAGUAAAUAUUGAAGCUUUUAAUAAUGAUAAUGAUGUAGAGAAUUUAGGAGUUGAGGAAUUAUCAAAUAAUGUGGUUGAAGGAGAUUCAAGUAAUGAAGUUGGAGGAUAUUUAGAAAUUGAAAUUGAUGAGGAUUUUGAGUGGUUUGAUAAUGAAAUUGAAAAAAAUGCUGAAGUACAUUUGAAAGCUGUUCAAAAAUACCUUAGUUUAAGAAAUAAAGGAUAUGCAAAAAUUGAAGCCAGUGAAAUAGUUUCUGAUCUUAUGAAGAAAGGCAAGUGGUUUUCAAGAUGUAUAAGAAGCUGGUCAAAGACUUUUUUAGAAUAUGGUGAUGUUCCUAAAUCUAGAUGUGGGCAACAUUUAAUUGGAAGCAGUAUAUUAGAUGAUGAGGAUGAACUAGCUUUUGAUGCUUUGUUGUGA